CUCGAAUAUCCGUGUUUAGACGCUAUAACGCGUAUUGACGUCUUCAUACGAUAUCUUUACAUAUAAUGUUUGUACGUGUAAAGACGUUUAUCAGAACUGAAUGAAUACAUGGAUCCCUGUCGAGCUUGUUAUUUUACUCUGUUUCACAUCGUUCUUCUCACUUUGACGCGAGGACAGGAGUGCCCUGAAGAUGGACGCUACAUGGGUGCAGUUUGGCUCCAGAUGCUAUCACUUUGUACAUGGAGAAGAGGACACUGCCAAAAGCUACUCUCUUCAAGAUGCCAAAGAAAUGUGCAAAGAAUAUGAUCUCUUGACAGUAGAAAGUGCAGAGGAGAAUGAGGACAUCAUUAAAUACAGCCCUUUUGUGUGGAAAGGCAAAAUAAACAUAUGGCUUGGAAUGAACUAUGACAGUGACGAUGAUGUGUUCAAGUGGCAUGAUGACAGUAGGUUGAGUUAUAAUAACUGGGAGUACAGUGGCUCUGAUGAUCUUUCUCUCAUGGACACGUGUGUGGCUCUUAACACUAGCACUGGAAAGUGGAAGAACAUCAGCUGUACAGAUGGAACUGAGAACGGAGUUGUGUGCAAGACAGGGAGUUUCUAUUAUUGUGAAUACGGAGAAUGGGAGGACACAGACAGACACAGGGAUGAGGGUUCCAGUCUCAGUUCAGGUCAUCAUCAGUGUGGUGCUGAUUCUCACCGUGUGUGCUGUGGUUUGGUUCCUUCACCAAAGAAAAAAAAUUGUUUCCUCCAUCCUCAACUUAAUCAAGUACCAGCUGCCCGUCCAAUCCCUGUCUGCUGAUCAGACGUGAAUCGAGGAGAUACCUUAGAGAUCUUCACUGUGAUAAUGAUGAUGUUUUUCAGCUAUGCCUAAGUUGAUAUAAGCAGCAAGACAGCAUGGAAGAUCUUAAACUCGUCCCUUUUUUACUGGUUGUUGGGGAGUUCCUCAACUUUGGGCUACAUGGUACAAAACAGAGGUGUAUAUAUUCAUAAGUGGAGGACAAGGGGAAAUGUUGUCUGUCUUAAGGCCCUCAGUUCCUUUACAACAGAACAUUGAAAGGUUAGUUCACCCCCAAAAUUUACUUCUGUCAUUCCAAAGCUGUAUGACUUUAUUUGCUUCAAAAUCCGUAUGACUUGUGCACUAUGUUUCCAUCUUUUCUAAAGCCAUACGAGAGCAUUCUGAUGAGGAACAGACCAAACUUUAAACCAUUAUUCAAUAAUAAUCCUUCCUCCAAUGAGCUGGUAACCAUUGAGUCUGGAUCAAUCCGAUUCACAAACAAAUAAUUCAGACCCGUUUAAUAAAUACCAUCGACUGAUUCAUUACGACUCAAAAGAUUUGAUUCGAGAGUUGCAAGAUGUUUUAGUAAACAACCUAAAUUCUCUCAAACAGCAUGUGUGUUUGGGAUGACAUGAGGAUGAGUAAAUAAUGAUAGAAGUUACACUUUUGGGUGAACUAUUCCUUAAAGAUCUUGUGUUUAUUUUGUGACUGCCAAAUCACGGUCAUGAGACAGGAAGUUGCAUCAGAUUUCACCCUGUACUGUCGGACCAUAGUGUUACAUUUCCAGCUCUUUCCAGUUUUGUCAGGCUACAAAAAGAUUUUAAACCAACCUAAGAUGGCCAGUUGGUCUUUCUGCCUAAAAAGUGCCCAAAACCCCUCUUAAACCAGCAAAAGUCAAAAUCUCACCAGGCUGGAAGACAAGCAAGCCAGUUUAGACUAUUUUAAGCUGUAUUUUCAGCAGGAAUCUCCACUGAAAAGGCAAAUAUUAAAGUUUUUUACUGCUAGCGCUUCAUAUGCACCUCUAGUUCUUGGAUAUUAAAACUUCCUGAUUGCCAAUGACAAUAUCUUUGAAUGUUUUUGAUUAUGUUUUAAGGUUUGGAUUUGCUACUAAUGUUCUGUAUCUACCAUCUGAGGCAGUGGUGGCUGAGUGGUUGAGGCUCAGGGUUACUGACCAGAAGGUCGGGGGUUCAAGCACCACCAAGAUGCCACUGUUGGGCCCUUGAGCAAGGCACUUAACUCCAGGUUGCUCCGGGGGGAUUGCCCCUGUAAUAAUUGCACUGAUAAUAAGUCGCUUUGGAUAAAAGCAUCUGCCAAAUGCAUAAAUAUAAAUGUACUGUAUGCUACAAAUGACUCGCAUUGUGUAAACCUUAAUUAAUGCUUUAUUUCUCCUUUUGCUAUUUCUCUGAAAAAAACGAAUUAAAUACAAAUCAAGGCUAAUAAACACAAAACAAACUGAAAAUGGUUUUCUAAUUCCUCAAAGGACUUGUCCCUUGUUUUAAACUAGCCUGUAGUUUAUUUAGGGGAGGGGAUAUCCUCAUUCUAGGGAGCAUUUUCAGAAACGAAAAACAAAAUUUUUAAUGCAUUUACCCGAUGAUUGUUAAUUUGCUCAAUUUUUAGGAGUGCACUAGCAUAUAAAUGGCGACAAAGCUAUAUCCGACGUGGACAAAAAGCUACAAAAACUCUAAUUUUUUAAUCCUUAAACCAAAUUUUUUUUCUUUUUUGCCCAAUUCCCAUUGUGCUUUUAAGUCUUUGUAGUCACGUAGUGAUUCGUCUCAAUCCGGGUGGCGGAGGACGAAUCACAGUUGCCUCCGCAUCUGAGACUGUCAACCCGCGCAUCUUAUCACGUGCUUGUUGAGCUCGUUUGCCAUGGAGACAUUGCUUGUGUGGAAGCUUCACGCCAUCCACCUCGGCAUCCACGCUCAUCUCACCACGCGCCCCACCGACAACGAACUAUAUUAUUGCGACCACGAGGAGGUUACCCCAUGUGACUCUACCCUCCCUAGCAACCGGGCCAAUUUGGUUGCUUAGGAGACCUGGCUGGGAUUCAAACAGCGAACUAGCAAACCCCAGGGGUGGUAGCCACCGUCUUUACCUCUGAGUUACCCAGGCCCCAGUCUUUAAAAUAAUUUGUUAAACACAAAAAGUAUAUACACUUUCAAAUAAACAGAAGACGCUUGUUUACUGUAGAGUUCUCUAUUUAAAAAAACUGUGCUGAUGUGUAAAGCCAGAUAGAAGAGGAUGAAGUGGGACAGUUAAUUGAGGACUCAUUCAUUCCCCUCUGGGGUUUUAUAGAUCACUGUCAAUGUUCUACCCUGAAAGUGUCAAUGUCACUCUGUAUAAACAGCUGGUUUGCCUAAACUCAUAUAAAUUACUGUAUUUAAUUUUUUAUAUGAAGCGUACUUAACCAUGAUUUUUAGAAGAGUAUCAUAGCUCUUAAGGUCCAUACAAUGUAAGUGAAUGGUGGCCAGAACUUUGAAGUACAUAAAGGCAACAUGAAAGUAAUCCAUACGACUCCACGUUUAAUCAAUGUCUUCUGAAGUGAUCCAAAUGGUUUUGGUUGAGAACAGACCAAAAUGUAACUCCUUAUUACACCUUCCCGUUGCAGUCUCUAGGCACUCAUGAUUUCAAUCUCGAUUAUACUUCCAGGGGCUUGACCCAUGCGCUCUAGGAAGUGUAAUCGAGCUUGAAAUCAUGAUUGCCCAGGAGAUCACUGAUGUCAAGAUUUAUAGUGAAAAAUAAUUUACAUUUUGGUCUCUUCUCACCCAAAAAUUACUAGAUUGCUUCAGAAGUCAUGGAUUACACCACUGGAGUUUUAUGAAUUACUUUUACACUGCCUUUAUGUGCUUUUUGGAGCUUCAACUUUUUGGACACCAUUCACUUGCAUUGUAUGGACCUGCAGAGCCAUACUUGUUUGUAUUCAGCAGAAGAGAAAGUCAUACAUCUGGGAUUGCAUGAGGAGGAGUAAAUGAGAGAAUUUAUAUUUUUGGUUGAACUAUUCUUUUAACUCUAUAGUGUUGUGUGUUACAAUCUUAAUCAGUAUAUAUGUGUGUGACAAAUUUUAAACAAUGUAUGCUAACAAAUGAUGAAUGAUGUGUGUAACUAACUAGAAAAUAUAUGUUAAAACCAAAAACGCUAAAAGGAUAAGGGGUAAUAAUGUGUGAUAAACUGCAGCUGCAUUUCUGACACAGGAAAUUCUUUAGGCAGGGGAGCCUAGUAACAGUUUAUACAUUGGAAAUUCUUUAAGCAAGGAACUGAUCAGAGAGAAAGAAUAGGAGGAAAAACCAGUAAUCCCACUGCGGCAUGAUUGAAACUUAUCUCUUAGAAUAUUGGAGAUGCCCCGGCGGCAAAAAUAAGCCAAUCAAAAGAGUAAAAAACUGAGAACAAAGGAAUACCCUGGGUCAGAAAUGUAGAAAAGAAGGGAACACUGGAGAAACGGGGUCUUUUUGAGCGGAGCUUACGGGUGAUGCAGACAAGAUCCCCAGCUGGGCAAAUAGUUUCUGUACUUAUUCUAUCUUGUU